AUGUCCUUUUUUCAGUUACCUGGGAGAACAGACAAUGAGAUCAAGAACUUAUGGAACUCCUGCAUCAAGAAGAAGCUGAGGCAGAGAGGCAUUGACCCCAGCACACACAAGUCUCUCUCAGAGGCUGAAAAUCCUGAAGAGAAUAAGGUUUCUACAAGCAGUGAAAGGAAUUCUAUAUUGUACACCGGUGAUAGCCUUAAGCACACAGUGCCUCAACCUGCUCCAUCUCUGAUGCAAUCAGUUGACAAAAAUUCCAUUGCAGCUAAAGAGUUCUUCAUUGAUAACUCGACCACCUGCCUUCGAUCUUCAUCAAAUUCCAUGGCUUGCUUCACUGUCCCUCAGCUUAACUAUGGUAGUUCCACAUCUAGCUUACCAUCGAACCCAAAUCCUUUUCUCUGUUUUAACCAGAACUGCAGGGUGUUCGAUAUGAAUCCAGAAUUGAGCUGCACUUCAAUAUCAACAAUAGGGCCAUCAAUUUCGAGUUCAAUUCUCUCAAAUUCAAUUGACUUUAAGUCUUCUGUUGAUCUGUCUUCCAGCUGCCUUCCUCCAUCCUAUACUGGUGCUCCAGUUUUCCCAUAUUUGGAAGUUGUUAAUCCAAGCAGAUGCAGCAGUGGAAGCAGCAGCAGCAGUUCCUUCUUUGACAGUGGCUUGCUGUCAUGGCCAGAUUUGACAGCAGAGAAAGAAACUCAAAUCCAUUUACAAGGUGACCCUGAGGACCUCAAAUGGUCAGAGUACCUUCAGGGAAAUUUCCCAGUUUCUUCAGUUCUCCAUAGCCAAAACCAGCCAUUAUAUGGCAGCGAAGCAAACUCAGAAAGCCAUUUCGGCAUCGAAGGGCUGGGCCUUUGGCAUCAGAACCCGCAACCACAGCAUCAGCAACAUCACCAGCAGCCACAGCAGCAGGCUUCAGAUUUAUAUGGUAAGGAAUAUCAGAGGAUUUCUACAUUGUUUGGUCAGAUAUAGCCGUUUCAAAGAUAACCAUGAUUAUAUAGAGUUGGAGAAAGAAAGAUACAAAAGUAAAAACUUUUUCAACAGAAUUUUCAAUUUGCAAAGGCAGGAAGGAGUACAUGAGUAUAAGAGAAUAAGAAGGCUGGUUUCUGUUCUGAUUCUUCAAUCAUUGAAUGUGUGUGUACCAUAUGAUUUUUCUCAUGUAUAUAGGCCUUAUGAUACUGAAAAGAACUCCUCUUAUCUA